AUGGCGGUUAGUCUUCCUCGAAAGAGAGCACCGUCUACUCAGACUGUCACACCGGCAACGAGAGCAGUAACAGCAGAUAGUGGAACAGAACUAGCAGCAGAUAGGCAUUCAGUUAGCUUGAAAACGGACUCAUCAGAUCCACCAGACAAGAAACUCAAUUCCGCACUGCUGCUGAGUCGUCGGACUUAUCCACCAAGGGAUUCGUGGAAUUUCUCGCCCUCUUUUGGGUAUGCAGGUACUAAGAGUCCUCUCACUACCAACCAGCAGACAUCAUCUGGCUGGGUCUUGCCGGGGAGAUCGGAGCAACAGGGAACGCCUAGACGACGUUUUUCUUCCUGGGCUGCAGUAAGUAGAUCGAGAGGUCGUUCCGCCCCUUGUCCCCGAAUAUGGGGAAUAUGUUCUCAUAAAAUCUUGCUCCAAUCUGACCUAGCUGGCGAGCGAUCCCAGUUCGCGACAGAGAACAAGACAGCAAGCGAGCGUACUUUUGUUCGCUUCUUCUCCACCAAGCACGGAAGUUUAAGGAUAACUGUAGGUCGGUGGCUACCUAAGGAAACUCCGAUUCGAUCCGCCCCCCGGCUGGGAGGCAUCUACCUCAUCCCGAUCACAAGGAGAGGUUCACUAUGA